AUGAGUUCCGUUUAAAAAGAAUUACAGAUUUCAGAUUGCAGUGAUCGUGGACUCUAUUACGAUGGGUAAUGCUAAUGUGAUUUGGGCUACUUUGGAGUUGAAUGUGAAUUGAAAUUAGAAGAACUCCAUCUUGCGACUUAUUUCACAUUCAUAGGUUUCUUUUUAAUACUCUUUACAUUGUUACUUCUUUUCACUAUAAAACAAUUUUAACUAUCUUUGAGAAUGAAUAAAAUACCUUCCUAUCAAAAGUAUGGAAAUAGAUUGAAUUAUUAAAUAGAGGAUGCAAUUACAUUAGAAAUGUUCUUGGAUCUCCACUGAAUUGUAUUUUAUGUCUGACAAUUUUGUUUAGCAUUCUUAAGAUUUUAUGGUUAGGUUUGGACCCCUUUUAAUUAUAUGUAUGUAUCAUAAAUUUCUCAAUUAUUUAGGAUUACAAAGAGAGAGUUUGUGAGAGAAUUCUGGCAGAAGUAGUUUACACUAUCUUAUUUUAUAUAUAUGGAAUUUUAUUAAUGGUUUGGUAUACCAUGUAUGAUGAAAUUUCAUUUAAUAUUUCUGAGAAAAAGAAAAACAAUUUAGAAUAAUCUUCAGGUCUCAAAACUGAAAGUAGAAGAUUCAUUCUGGCUUACUACAAAGAUAUUAUGAAGAUAAGGCUCUUUCUUGUCUUAAUUCUUUAAUUGAGUGUUAGUACAUUAAAUGGUAAUAUUUAAACCUUUAAUUAGGAUUAAGAUUAGGACAAUAGUAUAAAACUUUAUUAUAUAUUGCAUAUGUAGUUUUGUUACUCAAUUUUAUGUAUUCAAAUAAAAUUCAUAACUUUUAGUUCAUUUAUUUUUGAAUUCCUUUUAUAUGGUAGAUCACUAAAUUAAUGCAUAGAAUAAUAACUAAAAAGACUUGAUUAAGAUAAUAGAGAAUAAGAAAAAGAAGAAAAAUUAAAAUUAGCUUAAAAUAAUUAGCAAGUAAUUUAUAUCUUUUUGUAACAAAUAGAAUAUACUAUCAAAAACUUAAUUGAUAUUUUAAUAAGAAGAUUAAUUGUAAUCACCAGCCACUCCUGAUUAAUAAAUUUAAAGAUUAAGUUCUUUAAGUGAAAGUGAUGAAAGUCAUGAAUAGAAAGAAACAUCUAGAGCAAUUAAAUAAAUUGAUAAAUUUUAGCCUUCAUUUCUUUAAAAAAAAUAAGUAACUUUUAAAUAACCUAAAAAUAUACCAACUUAAUAAAAUAUUUAAGGUAAAAAAGAAGUAUAAAAAAUUAUAAUUAAAACUAUUGAGAGUGAAGAAUCUUAAAAUUCAUUACCUGUAGAUGAAGGUUCUAAUCAUUAAAAAGUCAAUUCCUGUUUACUUAAUGAAGAGGAUUUUGAUUAAAUCAACUUAUAAUGGAAUAUAUAAAAAGAAAGAGCUAACGUUAAGAAAAUAAAAAAAUAACAAAUUAAAAUUGUGGAAAAAACUAAAUAAUAAAUUUAUGAAAAUAAAAAAUAAAAAAAAAAAGCAUCAAUAAAAAAUAAUAUUAAAGAUAUAAUUAAUUUUGAUUCAUUUUAAAAUGAAGAUGAUAAUAAAAUUAAUAGUUAAUUAGUUCUAGCCUACUAAGCAGAAAUGCUUGCUUAGUAAAAAUAGAUUAGAACAGCAAAUUUAAAUGUUGAUAAAAAAGUACUUUCUAAAAUCUAAAUGCUUAUUUAUGUUGGAGUAUUUCUAGAGAUCUGUUUUGGAGCUUUAUCUAUUGUUAUUUUAUUAACAGAUUUACUAAAAAAUCCUUUAGGUUAAAUUGAUUCUUAUUUUAGGAACUAUUUGUUAUUUAUAUAUUUCAGCUAUGCUUCAAUUCUUGUCAUUAAUUACUGUUUUAAAACUUUUCAGAGAUGUUAAAAGUCAAGAAGUCUUGAAUCUUAUUUGGAUAUAAAAAGUAGGAAAUAGAAAAAAUAAAAUUAAUUAAAAGUAUUUUUUUACAAUUCCUCUUUAAUAAACAAGAUAGGAUGA